UGUGGUGGUGUUUUUUCCUCUUUCUCUUUAGGUUCACCAUGUGCCACUAUGAAGUGGGCUACAUGCGACGGACCCCCAUGUUCAUGUUAUCUUCUGGUUGGUAAUGGUGUUAAACAGCUCAUAGACUGCAAAGCAUUGAUCCCCAAGUGCUUCUUGAUGAAAGCUGAAAUGUACAGAGCUGGAAAGGGUCUGAACAUUCGCAGUAUUGGAAGAAAGCAACAUGAGACUGCCAUUGUGGACAACGAUGGCAUCUAUGACCCUGAAUGUGAGAAUGACGGCAAAUUCAAGGCCAAGCAGUGCAACGGCACAGAUGUGUGCUGGUGUGUCAACAGCGCUGGAGUUCGUCGGACUGACAAGGGAGACCAGAGCCUCAAGUGUGAGAAGCUGGUGGAGACCCAUUGGAUCCGUCUUCAGCUGACACACAAGGAGGGGCCCACCAACGUGAAUAAAGACAAUUUGAAGGCUGCUAUUGCAACUGAACUUAACAAGCGUUACAAACUUGACCCCAGCCUGGUGAAGGACGUUCAGUAUGACCCAGACGCUCGCAUGAUUGUGGUUGAUGUGAAUAAGGAGAAAGGAGAUCGCACAUAUGACCUGACCAAAAUGGCCUACUACAUGGAGAAAGACGUGAAGGUGCUGCCACUGUUUCAUGACCAGAAAAACUUUACCGCUUCUGUGGAUGGGAAGACUCUGAUGAUGGAGAAGAUCAUCGUGUACUAUGUGGAC